GUUAAACAAAACCUAUGUCUAUUCUCUGAUUCCAGAUUGUGAUUCCAGGUUGUGUGCGAACUGCUGCUGGUGAAUUGUUUCAUAGAGUUGUGAGCACAAAAGUUGACAGACACACGCAUAUAUACAUAACAGACACGCAUAUACAUACCAGAUAUACAUACAUCAAUCACACAGACACACUUACUGAAAAAGCACACACACACAUCACAUAGUUCCUGCUAAGAUGCCGCGUGCCAAGGGCCACAAGCGGGCACUAGCCUCCAGGACCAGGAUGGCAGAGCGGCAGUCUUCCACCCCCAUGCCUCCUGUCCCUGAGUUCGUCUCUCGGCGCGGCACUGGGUUCCGCCACCGCGUGCGGAGGUGGCCAACUUCGCACCUGACUGGCCGUCAGGUGAAGUUUGUCCCUCCAGCUAUCGACUUGGAGAAGAAGACUGUCUUCUUCAUCGGCGACUCCCACCUGAGGGGCCUGGUGGAUGGGGACGUCGCCUUACCCAAGGUACCGCUCUCUUUCUCUUUUCUGUCUGUUCCAGGUGGAGGUGCAGCUGACCUGAGGACAGAGGUGGGGCGCCUGGAGUUCCCGUGGACCCCGGAUGUCGUCUGCGUGCUGGCCCCGAGCAACGAUCUGGACCGUGGGCCCUCCUCCGCUGCGGCAGAGUUCGGCGCCCUCCUGACCAGCGUCCGCAGCCGCUGGCCCAAGGUGUUUGUUCUGGACUUCCCCCCGCGUCUGAACAAACCCGUGGGCCUGCAGGAUCAGCUGCGUCAGGAGCACCGCCGCGUCGCAGCACGCAUGGGUGUCCCAUUCGUGGCUGUGACCGACAGCUUCCUGCUGGAUCGGUUGGAGCUGUGGUGUCAUGACGGCGUGCACCUCAGCGACACAGGUGGCUCGCCCAUCCUGGUGAAGCUGUUGUGCGACGCUGCCCUCACCCUGUUCCCAACUGACCCCCCUGCGCCUCCUUCCCCUCUGACGGAUUGCCUGGAUCCCCAGACGUGGCCCAGGCUUGGAGACGAGGGAGAGAUGGACUGCAUCCCUGCAUCUGCUGGCUUUUGGAGGAAGAUGGCAGAGCGGCAGUCACGGACCCCCAUGCCUCCUGUCCCACAGUUCGUCGCUCGUGGCCCGCCCAUCCUGGUGGAGCCUGCGCCUUCUUCCCCUCGUCGGAGGUCGCCACCGGCCCAGGUGACGGGGCCAGACCCCCUGCCCCGUCGGCGCCAGGAUCCCCGGAGGUGGACAACGGUUGGACGGGAGCGAAAGGCUGGAACACUGCCGGUGCAACAGUCCCUUCCCAUCCCGUCCAACCCUGUGUGGUUCAGCAGUCCUAUGUUGGAUGCCAUGGAGGAGUUCGCUCCUUCCUCUGACUCCAACUGCACUGCUGUCCCACCACCUGGCCAGGCUUCUCCUGGAAGGCGUCGUCGGAGAGCUGUGGCUGUCAGGCGUGCUGGGCAGAGGGAGUUCACUUCUGACUCUGACUGCACUGCUGUCCCACCACCUGGACAGGCUUCUCCUGGGAGGUGUCGUCGGAGACCUGUGGCCGUCAGGAGCGCCGGGCGCAGGGAGCAGGUUGGUGUCAACGUUUUUCCCUUACAAUUUCAGGUGCCUGCGGUCCGUGGCGAGCCAACGGUCAUCAGGGAGGAGCCUGCUGUCCAGGAGGAAGCCCAGGUGCCGCUGCAGGUCUUCGCAGAUAAGGUUCAUUCUUUUCCUCUCCCUAGUGAUAGUGGUAGGGUUAGUAAACCUCAGUCCGUCUGCGGUCGCGUGGCAAUGGUCGAGCGGGAUCGUCUGGGAAUUAGCGUAGCUACGGUUGUGCGCGGAUCUUUUCACCAGGGGGAUAGCAGGUUUAGUUACGGAGGGAAGCAAUGCAUGGCCAUUGCUUUAACUAGUAUAGCUAAGCAUGUGGUGAAAAGUGUGUUUUCGUGGGAGACACAGGAUCUCGAUCGCAUCCUGUAUUUAGGCGAUGAAUUGUACAGUAGUUUGCGCAACCUGGGUAUUUUUAACCAUCCGUCGCAGUUUUUGUCCGUGCCGGAUCUACCUACUAAUGUAGAUAUUGACGAGCAGUUGUUUAGUUUCCAUUUUAGUCAACACCCGGCAUCAGGUGCUGUGGGUGUUGAGCAGGAAAGUGGUCCCUUUGUGAGUCUGCGUCAUGGAUUAGAGGGAGUUUUCAGGCAGUACAGGAUGUGUCUGCUGACACUGCUAGCGUAUACAUCUGCCAUCAUCUGUGAGGAUGGACAGUUUGCUGUGGUCGACAGUCACUCUCGUAGUAGCUGUGGCCUGCUAGAUCACAACGGUACAAGUGUAAUACUGCACUUUUCCUGUUUAGAUGACCUGCAUCACUACAUCUGUUGUUUGGCUGAUGCUCUCUGUUCAGGGCUGAAGCCUUUUGAGCUGUGUGGCGUUAGGGUUAGUGUAGGUGCAAGUCCAGCGUUGUCUGGAGCUUCUGUAGAGAGUUGCAUCUUUGAGAAGAACACUGCUGCAGCACCUGAGCGUAGUGACAUCAGUGAUGUUUGUGCCACCACCUCCUUGUUUGACAGUGAUGCAGGUCCAGCUGUGAGCCACGCACAAUCCGGUGUUCCUGUGGAGAGUGGCUUCAUAGAGAUGAGCACUGCUCCGGCACCUGGAUUUAGUGACUUUGAAAAAGAUUUUGCAGCCCCAUCUGCGUGUCAGAGUGGGGCUGGUGUUAAAGCGAGCCCAGCACUGUCUGGCGUAUCUGUUCUCACUUUUUUAAGUGAAGUUAGUAGUGGCUCAACAGCAGAAUUUGUUGCCACUGAUGGCAAAAAGCGUGCGAUUUUGUCUCGUGAACGCAAGUCGAAACAAUCCAAGCAUUUUGAUAGUGUUACAGUAAACUCUGAUGUAGUGUUUAUCGCUGCAUCAGAGAGUGAGGAACAGUUUUUCCGUCCCCUCGGUGAUGACGUUUGUAGGGCUUUGUGUAGUCUAUUAAAAAUAGAUUUUAUGAAAGUCGGUGGUCUGGUGCACAGAGAGGUGGGCUACUUAGGUGUUCCCUGCCUUAGGGAGAAAAUUGUUCCUGAUGGGAACUGCUUUUUCAGAGCUGUUUCUCACGCUGUCAGUGGUUCACAGAAAAACCAUCGCUCGGAUAUAGGCUGUACCACUAGGUCUUCAGCGAAAGAUAGAGCGGGGCAGGCAGUAGAUGGGAUAGGUUGUCUAGAUUCAGGUAAAGAUGUUAUAGAGGUUUUUGAGGGCAGUACAAUAAGUAGGGAUUCUAGUGUGACAAAGUGUAAGGGAAGACUGCAGGAUACAGUUACUAUUAAACAUCGAGAGAGACGUGCCCUGCUUUAUAGGAAAAUGUAUAGUGAGGACUUGAACUUCAGGGAGAGCUGUAUAUCACGAAGUGCAGAGAAAUACAGAUAUAGCUUGGAGCACAGGCACAUGGUUAAGGCACGGAGUGCGGGGAAGUACAGGGAUAUUAUUGAGCACAGGGAAAGGGUUAAAUUCAGGAGCAAAGUGGUGAGUGCAAUAAAAUACACUGAUAAUUUAGAACACAGAGACAUGGUUAAAGCACGCAGUGUAGGGAUGUAUAGGGACAUUUUACACCACAGAAACAUGGUUAAAGCACGCAGUGUAGACAGGUACAGGGACAUUUUACACCACAGAGACAGCGUUAAAGCACGCAGCAAAAGGCAGUAUAGUGUUAGUUUAAAGCAUAGGCAACAAGUGAAGGCUAGUGUACAGCUGAGUCGGAAGCAGAGGCUGGAGAGGUCUGUAGAUUUUGGUGUUGUCAUGGAUAGUUUUUUGGAUAAGGUUAGAGACGGACCGGAUUUCGUGUGUAGUGUCUGUCAUAGGCUGCUGUUUAGAUAUCAGGUGCUGCACUGUGAGAGGGAAGUAUAUGCAGCAUGUUUAGCAACGGCUGGCAUUGCAAAUAAUUGCAUCAGUGAGCAUUAUCUGCAUAGUUGUGAUGAUAGGUGUGUUGAGCCCUGUCCCCUUGUUGUGUCCAGAGGUCAGUUGUGGAUUUGCUUUAGUUGUCAUAGUAAGAUCAGUAAAGGUCAAAUCCCAGCUGAAUGUUGGAACAACAACUUAGCUGUACACCCCAUUCCUCCAGAACUGGGAUGUCUGAAUAGCUUAGAGCAGCACCUGAUUGCUUUACGCAUCCCUUUUAUGAAGGCGGUGGCGUUGCCGAAGGGUGGUCAGAAUGGUGUACAUGGGCCCGUUACUUGUGUUCCGGCCAACAUUGUACAAACCACCAAUGUGUUGCCGCGCUCCAGUAUGGAGGGGUCUCUGCUUCAAGUGAAGUUAAAGCGGAAGUUGACUUACAAAGGACACUACGAGUAUCAGUUUGUUGACUCGUGGCGUGUCAGGCGAGCUAUAGAGUACUUAAAGAGAACCAAUGUCUUGUAUAAAGACAUUGACUUCAAUGAGGAAUGGUCAAAUGCUUUUUGUAGGGAGGAAGAGGUUGUAGAGGAUGGUCAGGGUGACCAGGUUGUUGUAGAGGAUGGUCAGGCUGGUCAGGGUGACCAGGUUGUUGUAGAGGAUGGUCAGGCUGGUCAGGGUGACCAGGUUGUUGUUGACCCACAGUCCAGUGAGGAUGAGGCUGUAGAGCAGAAAGGUGGCCCAGAAGACGAAUCCGAAGACAUUGUGCAAGAUGAACUGUUACAUGACAGACAACAGCACUGCAUGUUUCAGGACACUUGUCUUAUGCCCGUUGAUAUCGGUCAGGAAGCAUUAGAUCACUAUUUUAAGGAUGUUGUAUGUCUGGCCCCCGCGGAAGGUAAUAGUCCGGUUAGAAUGCUUUCUGACAAAUUCAAUGAGGCCAUGUGUUUUCCUGCGCUGUUUCCAAACAGCAGAAAUACAUUCCACGCCGACCGCGCGCAUCGUAUAACAUUGUUGCGCUAUUUUAAUAACCGGGUAAUGCAUGCAGACGGCCGUUUUGCGCGCAACGUUGAAUACAUAUUCUUUUGUCAGUAUAUGUCCGAAUUGGACCAAGUCAUUAGUAGCAUUUCCGUCGCCAUGCGUAAAGGUAAGGGGGGUCAGCAUUCUCAUCGGAUUUCGCCGGACAUGCUCAAAGACGACGAGUCUCUGAAGCGCUUGCUACAGUUCGAUGACGGUUUUCGUUUCCUUCGGCCCAUUCGCGGGACGCCAGCUUUUUGGUCUUCCGUUCAGAAAGACCUUAUGGCUUGUGUCCGCCAAUUGGGGAUCCCAACAUGGUUCUGCUCCUUUUCGUCUGCUGAUCUGCGCUGGCAGAAUCUCCUUGCCAGCAUCCUGAGACAGGAAGGCAGACAGCAGACAGCAGAACAGCUAGAGUGGGCCGAUAGGUGCGAGCUGUUGCGGCGCAACCCGGCCACAGCCGCGAGGAUGUUUGACUACAGGUGGCACUGUUUUCUGAAGGAAGUACUCAUGUCCCCGUCUAACCCUGUUGGCAAGAUUUUGGAUUUCUUUUAUCGCAUUGAGUUCCAGCAGCGUGGGUCCCCCCAUGUUCAUGCGCUGUUUUGGAUUGAGGGAGCUCCCCAGUUUUAUAAAAACCCCGACUUAGAAGUCGCACAAUUUAUCGAUCAAUAUGUGACAUGUGAGCUACCCUCUGCCGAUGACACAUUAUCGGAAGUUGUGUCAUCGGUUCAACUGCAUUCGAAACGGCAUUCAAAGUCGUGUCGUAAAAAUAACACCAAAUGCCGUUUCAAUUUUCCCAAACCCAUCUCUGCACGCACAUUCAUCUGCAAAAUCCCAGAAUGUGUUUGUCCUAAAAAGGCAACGGGGACAGAGAGUGAGUGCCUUCCAGAAAACCGGCCAAAGUGCACCUGUUUAGAUAAGGACAAGAAGAUGCGAAAGGAGGUUGCGCAGAUGAUUAUGGAGAAAGUCAUGGACGCCAUGGAGAGGGAGGAGCCCUUUGGUAGCGUAGAAGAGUUGUUUGCCAGUGUGGGCAUCAACCAGGACGUCUUUGAGCUCGCGUAUUGGCGGCUGGAGACUAAGAAUAAGGUGGUUUAUAGGCGAGGGGUAAACGACACCUGGGUUAACCAGUACAAUAAGAAUCUAUUGAAGUGUUGGAACGCUAACAUGGACAUUAGCUUUGUCACUGACGCCUACGCAGUCGUCAUCUACAUAAUCAAGUACAUCACAAAAGCAGAGAAUGAAAUUGGUCUGUUGUUGAGCAAUGCCCUUAAAGAAGCCAAUAAGCUAGGAAAUCUCUCUGCUAAAGAGGCUUUAAACAAACUGGGCAGUGUAUAUUUACACAACAGAGAUGUCUGCGCUCAGGAGGCAGUGUAUAGGCUAAUGAGCAUGCAUUUGAAAGAAUGUUCCAGGAAGGUGGUGUUUAUUCCAACAGGGAAUAACAUUGUGCGGAUGAGCUUACCCCUCAGCGUGUUGUUGGAAAGGGCUUCCUCAGAGGGUCUCAGGUCCGAAAACAUGUGGAUGACGAGUGUUGUCGAGAGGUACCAGAACAGGCCCGACGGUGGCGUAUUUGCCGAUAUGUGCAUAGCCACGUUUUGUUCGGAGUAUCGUGUUCUCAGCCAGAAUGAAGACUCUGCCAACAAAAUUGCACUUCAAGGGGGUUUAGGGUUCAUCUUGCGGAGAACACGAACUCAGUUUGCCGUCGUCCGCUACAUGCGCUUUAAAUUAGACAAACAGGAGGAAGCCCACUUUCAGAGUUUGCUGCAGUUGUUCCUUCCUUAUAGAACUGAUUGUGAACUCAAGCCGGAAGGCUUUGACUUCUACAAACAGUUCCACGACGAAGGUAAUGUGACGUUGGCUGGCGGGACCGCACGGCCGGUGCGAGACGUCGUCGGUGACAACAGGGCAAACUUUGAAGUGGACUGUCCUCGGUUAGAGCGUGCGCAGGAGCUUGCGGAUCUGUUAGGUCCUAAUGUCGAUGAGGAUGCGUGGGGGGACCUUCGUCCUGAACAGGAAAUCGAACACAUGGAGUGUUUAGAGGAGAGGCAGAAGCAGCAGCAGGAGGAAAUUAGUGACGAGCAGCUAGUUCAAUCUGAGGAAAAUGUCCCCGAUUUGUUUGUUGGUGGUAAACAAGUAGCUACGAUUGAGAGAAACACCAACAUUUUGUCUAGAAGGGAGGGUUUAGCUCUGCUCCAUUCUCUCAAUGAGACGCAGAGGAGCGUUUUGGAUACGAUUAGGGAAUGGUGCUUACAAAAGGUGAGGGGAAAAAACCCGGAACCUUUCCAUGUGUUCGUCACUGGUGGGGCAGGUACUGGAAAAAGCCAUUUGAUUAGAGCUAUCCAGUACGAGGCAGGGAGACUAUUGUCGCGUCUGUACAAACCAGAUGAAACCUGCGUGCUCUUAACUGCCCCCACAGGCAUAGCUGCAUACAGUUUACAUGCAGCCACAAUUCACCACACCUUCAGUAUUGGCAUACAGGUUAGUUUACCCUAUAUCCCUCUGGGGGAAGAUAAGAUAAACUCCCUGAGGGCUCAAUUUGGUCACCUACAAAUUCUCAUCAUUGACGAAAUCAGUAUGGUAGAUCACCAUCUUUUAGCCUAUGUGCACGGCCGGUUAAGGCAAAUGAAGCAUACGGGGGACUUUUCUCCAUUUGGAAACGUUAGCGUUGUAGCUGUCGGUGACUUUUAUCAGUUGCCGCCCGUUAAAGGGAAGCCGCUGUACGCCAGUCAGGUGGGUGUGGACCUCUGGUGUCAUUUUACAAAAGUAGCGCUAACAACAGUUGUGAGGCAAAAAGAUAGUGUCUUUUCUGAGCUGCUCAAUAGGCUUAGAGUUCGGGCGAAGGGAACCCCCUUAUUGCAAAGCGACGUCGAUAUCCUCAAGUCCCGGGAGACGGGGGAAGAGAGCGCUGCUUUGCAUAUUUAUCCCACAAAUAUGCAAACCAGCCACCAUAAUCUGGAGAGGUUAUUCGCAAUCUGUCCAGAUUAUGUUACAAUCGAGGCGCAAGACUUUAUCAACAGUAGGAAGACGGGUCAAUUAGAGCGCGUGGCCGAUCAUCACGCUAAAACGUCGUACACGUGUUUGGUCAAGAGUUUGUGCUUGGCUCCGAACGCACGUGUAAUGCUGUGCAAAAACAUUGCCGUGGCAGACGGUCUGGUCAAUGGCGCAUGUGGAACGGUCACUUAUAUUCAUUUUGGAGCCGAUAAAGACUUCCCCCUCACAGUUUAUGUGAAAUUUGAUGACCCAAAAAUAGGCUCACAAAGGAGAAAGGAACGUUCCCAUGCUGCUGUAGAAUGCCCGCAUUCUACCGCCAUUGAUCCCGUGGAGGAUUCGGCGACAAAACGCGGCGGUUUGCGUCGUCAGUUUCCGCUUAAACUCGCGUGGGCCUGCACUGUUCACAAAGUGCAAGGUCUAACUGUAGAUGAGGCUGUCGUGUGUUUACACAAGGUUUUUGCAGCUGGGCAGGCGUAUGUCGCCCUCAGCCGUGUCAGGGAUAUAUCCGGCCUUGUCAUUACUGACUUUAAGGAAAAGGCCAUUUACUGCAAGGACGCCGUCAAGGAGGCAUUGGAUAGCAUGCCCCCAUUUCUACUUGAACAGCCACAGCCCUCGUUAGAAACCCGCAGUUUCUCCGCGUAUUUACUGAACGUCCAAAGUUUACCUUGCCACGCCGCUCAUUUGAUGUCUUGUACGCAGCAUUUACAGCCUACCUGUAUUGCUGUCACAGAGACGUGGCUCACUGCACAAUCCUCCACAGACUGUGUCCAAAUACAGGGAUACACUUUCCAUAGUCGUCCCAGAGCCUUGUGUUACAGUAGCAAUGAUGUCAAAUUAGCUGAGAUUAGAGAUUUACAACAUGGCGGAGUAGGUUUAUAUGUUGUAGAUAAUUCGGACUGUGAGAUUCUGCAGGUGCCCGAUUUCAAUCUGGAGUGUUUGGUGUGCCUGUCUACCAAAGAAAACAUUUUGAUGGCAGUAAUUUAUCGUCCGCCAUCUUACCCAAAUUUACUAUUUAAAUCCAAUCUGGUGAAGUUACUUGAUUGGGUCACUCCACUCAGUAACACAAUUGUUAUCAUGGGAGAUUUUAAUGAAGACAUUCUCAAACAUUCAUCAAUUUCUAAAUUAAUGGGCCAAAAUGGCUUUUCGCAGCAUGUAACACAAGCGACUACAGAGAAUGGGACAUUAAUUGACCACGUUUAUGUCAAAACAACGCAGUAUGCUGUGGAUUGUGCAGUGCUGUCCACUUAUUUCAGUGACCACGAAGCCAUCCUGUGUGCUUUUCGUGGUCUAGAUGAAGGUGAUGCGUUUAAUUUGGAGUUGUUGUUUGCAGAGCAGUUUGCUGAUGAAGAGGGUCCCUAAGCAUCGUCUCAACCCCCAAGAUGGAUUAGCUUGCUGGAAUAAUU